AUGCAAAGCGAAGAAGAAUAUACGCGUGAAGAAUAUGUACAAGCAGCAAAGAGGUGCGUACUGGACAGAAAGGAAGACAUUGAGUAUAUGUACGAUAUGGAUUGUAUGUUUGUUGAUCAGUCUGUUCCAUACUCUGCUCGAAUUAAAGGGUUGCCAUCUUUCCUAAAGCUUGAAUAUAAGCAUGCAUACAGUAGGUUGCAGACGAGGCUAGGAAAAACAUUUGAUGACAUUUACACCAGAAAUGAAUCAAUUUUCACUGGACUUGGCAUUGUCUCACUCCUUUUGCUUCCGUUUCUAGCCUUAGCUUCUAUUGUGCUCUUUGCCGUGAGCCACAAGGAUGGUCAGAACAAGAAGGACAUCAGGGUGACAUACAUCCUAUUAUGUUGUACCACCAUGUUGGAGCUUUUGCUUCCCUGCACAAUUUUCUCUGGGCUACUAGUUCCAUGUAUCUUUAAUUUCCUUAACGAUCCUAUUGAAGGGUGGCACGACAUGGUUUCCCAGCACAACAUCAUGUCCAUAUGUGUUCGCAAGAACAAGCCCACAUUCCUCAUGAAGCUUGUUACCUUCGACUUUCUGAGAGAGCUUCUUAACCAACAUUGGUAUAUUCAUCAAGUACCUAUAGCCUACCAGAUCACGGGGAAAGUUCACCGGCACAUGGAAGAGGGGUGGAAGAAGUACAUAUGCGACACAACAAGUUACAGGAGCUUCAGCGAGCUACGAGGCCAGUUGGCUCUAAGGAUGCACCAUCAGCUAGGAUGGAGCUUGAAGAUGGCUUUUGAUGAGAGCAUCCUCAUCUGGCACGUUGCCACAGAGCUCUGCUUUUAUCACCCCAACACAUCCCCUCGACGUCGACAAGGAGAAGCCACACAAGACAGUAGGAGCAUAUCCAAUUAUAUGUUCUACUUGCUUCUCAUCCGUCCUGAGAUGCUAAUACUUGGCACCAGGCCAGGUCUUUUCAAGUUAGCCAACGACCAGAUUUUAAAAUUUAGCGAGGGACCGCUCAACAUGACAGAAGAAAAUCUUGUGCAGGCGAUCCUUGAAAUGUCGUUGCCGCGAUCAAAUGAUAUGAUUACCAAUGCACGCAAACUCGCCGAAGCACUAAUGGAGCUAGGCAGUGAGGAUGAGAGGUGGAUUGUGAUCCAAGGUGUGUGGGUGGAGAUGCUCUGUUAUUCCGCCAGCAGAUGCAGGGGGUACCUGCAUGCCAAGAGCUUGGGUGAAGGCGGGGAGUUCCUUUCCUACAUCUAUCUCCUUUGGUCGUUCAUGGGAAUGGAGACAUUGGCGGAUAGGAAUCACAGGUCAGAGCCUCUUCAAUAUGAACAAGAAGAAGCACUUCCUUCCCGUUCCCAAGGCAGAGACGGUCAAUCUGCAGAAGGCGACAUAGAGAUGGGCUAG